AGUACUUCCUUGGAUCUGAACGAAAUAAAAAAUAAGAGCCUUUUCUCCAUUACAGAAUAAAGUUUGGCACACAUAAAACCCCUCCACCUCGUAUUCGUUUUUUAUAUUAUAUUUUAGCAUAAAAAUAACCGUGGGGAAUUCCAAGUUGAACAUUUUUAUAGGGGGCUCAAUCCAGGUAUAACAUCGCCCAGAUGUCGAAGCAUAAGUUAGUACUUACGCUACGGGAUGCUAGCAUCAUUAUAAACAGGGGGGCCCCAUUUUCUUUGGAGUUUGCAAACAAGAAACAGACUCACACUGUCUUUGACUCCUCAAAGUUGUUAUUUGAAAAGGCUGAAGAGGGCGAAGGUUUCAGCUUCAGCGUAGACUUCCAGGGUUCUACAAACUUAUAUGGACUUCAUCACCAUGCUGACCAAAUGACGUUGCGGGAAACAACCAAUUCUGAUCCUUACCGACUGAAAAAUGUAGAUGCUGGACAAUACCCAGCCUAUUCUACUAAUUCCUUGUAUGGAGCGGUCCCAAUUGUAUAUGGGCAUUCUAAAAAAAGGACUACUGGGGCAUUUCUUCUCAACGCAGCUCAGCAAUUCAUUGAUAUAGGUUACAACGAGAAAACUAACGCUUCAGCUCAUUUUCUGGUAGAAGGAGGAUCUCUGGACCUCUUUGUCUUCUACGGGCCUACAUUCCAGCAGGUUGUUAGACAAUUUGUCGAACUGACUGGAAAAAUGCAUAUGCCACAGCUAUGGACACUUGGCUACCAUCAAUGCCGAUACUCAUACAAGACUCAAGAUGAGGUAAAGGAAGUAGUCUCUACAAUGGAGCAAAAUGAUUUUCCGAUGGACGCCAUUUGGCUAGACAUUGACUACACUGAUGGCAAAAGAUACUUCACCUGGAAUCCAGAAACAUUCCCAGACCCAGUUGGCAUGCAAGAAUACUUGGCUGCAAUGGACAAACGCUUGGUCACAAUCAUUGACCCUCACUACAUGGUAGACGAGAAUUAUCCAGUAUACGUAGGCGCAAAAGGAAAAUAUUUUGCAAAGACGGAAAAUGGUGACGAUUAUCAAGCUAAUUGUUGGCCCGGCACAUCAAGCUACAUAGAUUUCUUGAACCCCAAAGCCAGAGACUACUAUGCCAGUUGGUUCCAGUUCGAUAAAUUCAACGGUAGUACUGAAACAUUGGCUGGUAUUUGGAACGAUAUGAACGAACCUGCUGUAUUUGGGGGCGAUGAAAGCACAUUCCCGAAUGAUAUUAUACACUACGGAAAUGUUAAACAUAGGGAUAUCCAUAAUAUGUAUGGCUUUUUGCAGACUAAAGCAACCCACCAAGCACUAAUGACCAGAGACAAGCAUCUCAAGAGACCCUUCAUUCUUACAAGAUCCCAUUUUGCUGGCUCCCAAAGGUAUGCUGCAAUGUGGACCGGAGAUAACGCUGCUGACUGGCCUCAUAUGCAAGUAACUUACUCAGAAUGCAUCAUCUCAGGCCUUGUGGGACACGUUUUCUGUGGAGCCGAUAUAGGAGGAUUCUUUAAUAACCCGGAAUCAGAGUUGUUGCAGCGAUGGUACCAGGCUGGAGUGUGGUUACCAUUCUACAGAGGACAUGCAAAUGAUAAUACUGAAAGGCGCGAACCAUAUGUGUUGCCUGAAGACGCCCAAGUCGUUGUCAGAAAUGCACUCAAGACACGUUAUAGACAUCUACCCGUUUUCUACACUCUCUUCUACCUGCAUGUCACCAGUGGUGACCCUGUAGUAAGGCCUCUGUUUUAUGAAUAUCCAGAGAUGGUCGACAUCGAUGACCACAUUUUGUUAGGCUCAGAUAUCUUGGCAGCACCAGUGAUGGAACAAGGUGGUAGGACCAAAACAGUUCAUUUCCCUGGCGACAAAAAUACUUAUUGGUAUAGAGCUGAUCAACCUAAAGGCAACUGGACCGUACACAGAGGUGGAACCGUGGAAACGUUCGACGUGGAUCUAGAGACGUCCCUAUACUUCUACAGGGCAGGAAGUAUCGUAGCAGUAUCGGAUAAUAAAAGAACCUCUACUAAAGGACUCAUGAGUGACCACCUUACCGUACACGUCAACUUGGAUCCACAUGGAACUGCUACAGGAUUACUCUAUUCAGAUGAUGGAGUGAGUUUCGAUUACCAGGAUAAAGAUGCCUUCUGUCUAUUGAAACUGCAAUAUAAGAACAAGUUCCGUUUCGAAAAAAUUAAAGGAAAUAAGAAAACAACUUACUCUUUCGAUCAUGUCGUAGUGCACAAACUUCCAAAAACAGGAAACGUAGCAUCAAUGAGUAUUGAAAAAGCCGUUAACGAAUAGCUGAAAGACACAAUGUAAUAAUAGCAUGUACAUAUUUUAAAUAAAUUAC